CGUUCUGUACGUGUCUAUUUAUAGAGACUCGGGAAAUUUAUGCCACAAAGUUUCAAAUGCUUUGCCUAUGGAAAUUUCCACAUCAUUUAAAGGGAAGCAACAAAUCGAUAAGGGAAGAAUUACACUAAGUAAGAUAGUAGCAGUAAAUUAUAAGGUACACAGGAAUGCAAGGUCACAUUACCUAUCCUAGGGUCAGGCUCUUUUGAUCGCAUGCUGACCCUGAGAAAUGACCAAAUACUUCGCAAAUGAACAGAAAAGUGAAACCUUUAAGGCUAACUAACGCAGCACGAGAGAUCGAGUGCAUUUGCACCACCCACUUUUGAUAAAUAGGAGUCACAUUUGAGUUGUAAUUACAAGCCCGCAGCUUAGAAAACGCUGAUAACAUUUGGACUAGAAUAUAAUAAAGAACAUCAUUUUGAUUGGUGUGGUCGAGUUUUCAAGAAACCAAUAAAAUUUCAGAAUAUUUCGCGUUGUGGAUGAUGGUUGUCAGUCUUUUUGACAGUUUGGUAGAUGCUUUGCACGAACCGAUGUCCCGGGAUGUAAUUUUGCUCAAACCCCCUUUCUUCAUUCCCAUUUUAGCUGUGCUUGUCGUUUGUUCUGUGACUGCGUUCAUUCAAAGCGGUUUCCGUUUCAUUUCACCAUCAUCUGUUGACCUUGAAUACAGAGAUAUUGAACAAAUACCGCAGGAUGUUCUUAACAACAGGAGACUGAGGACAUUAAAUCUCGCUAGGAACAAACUGACAAAUGUACCAAAAUGUUUGUCACAGACUUUGGAAAGGAUGCAUCUUGGUUGGAAUAAUCUGAAUGAGUUCCCGGAAGAUCUUCUCCAAUGUCAUCAGCUCAAUUGGCUGCACAUCGCCGUAAACCCCAUACGAACUAUUCCUGAAGAAAUCGGCACCUUAACCAAGCUAACUGUGCUCUGCGUAUGCAGCUGUGAGCUUAGAAAAAUUCCGUCGGCCAUCUUCAAAUUACAAAAACUUUUGUACUUAGAUAUUAGUCAUAACUGCCUAAAGGAAUUCCCCAAAGGCGUUUUGAAAUUAGCAAGUUUAGAAAGACUCGAUAUUAAUGACAAUAAAAUCAUCAAAAUUCCAGCAGAAAUUGAGAAGCUGGUUAAUUUGAAAGUGCUGCGUAUUCACAAGAACAAGUUAACAAAACCCCUGCCACAAAAUCUCGCAAAACUCGUUUCGUUGCUGGAACUUAACGUAUCCAACUGUAAUCUAGCCAACAUUCCAGAGUUCAUUCCAGAAAACCUUUCCAAUUUAACAACCCUCGACAUUCGUUACAACCGAAUUGUAAAAUUACCCUUGAACUUUCACAAACUUACAAAAUUAAAGUGUUUUGUAUUCGUCAAGAAUCCCCUUAAGAAUCCACCAAUUGAAGUUUGUGCCAUGGGCCUCAAAGCCAUACGCUUGUAUCAGGAAGAUGCCGAGAAAUUUAGCUCCGUCCACGUUACGAGGCAACAGGUUAUGGUCGUGGGGGAAAAAUCCGUGGGGAAAACCAGCCUCUGUCGGACGCUUAAGGCAAGGAAACCGGAGCUCGCCAGUAGAGACGACAGAACGAUCGUUUUGGAGGAGACAGUGCUCCAAGAACUGGAGGCUGGAGUUGAGCUACGGUUCACCGACUUUGGAGGGCAACGUCUCUACAAGGUACUGCACCCCAUCUUCUUGAGGAUAAACGCUUUGGUGCUGGUCCUUUUUAACUUAGAACUGUACGAGACCAACUGCGAGCAUUAUUUCAAAAGUGUGGGUUUCUGGCUGCGCAAAAUACAAGCAAAAACCCCCGGUGUCACAAUAAUUCCAGUCGGUACCAAAGGAGACACUGUCACCAAGAAAAAGGCGAAGGCAAAGACGAAACACGUGUUCGACCACGCUAAGAAUUAUGUCAAAAUCUACCGGAAAAACCUUGAGAAAAGACUAGAGGAGGAGAGAAAGAAACUCCAAACAAUUGUGCAAACAGAUCCAUCUGGCACCAGGGGCGGGAGUGAACUGCUAGCGAAUAUUAAAAAGGGAAUCGAGAGACUGGAGAGAAUGCAAGAAAGUAUUCUGAAUGUGCAAAAACCUGUCAUCAUCAGUUCGAAAGAGUUCCAUGGUGUUGACGAAUUGAAGAAAAGGAUCCUUCAAGUGGCCGAGACGAAGUCAUGCGCUUUGCCAGAAAAUUGGUACCAGUUUGCCAAACUUAUCGCGGAAAGGGCCAAAGAGGAUGAUGCCAUGUACAUGCCGUACGCAGAAGCAAAGGAACUUUGGGACCAAGCCACCCCGUCCAAAAAGUCGGCACCGACCAUGCUGGAGUCCAUAAAAGUUCUCCUGACAUCUCCAAUGCAUGGGAAAUUCAACGAAGAAGAUUGCGAGAAGUUCGAGACCGUCCUCACUUUUCUGCAUAGGUGGGGCGCCAUCUUGUGGUAUGUUUCCCCGCGUCUCAAGGAUUACAUCUUUCACAAUCCGAAAAAGCUGACCAAUUUUUUCAAAGCCGUGUUUGACCACGACAUGGAGACGACCCUAGCAGCCAAGAGACGAAGAAGGGGGUUUCCAGAAUACACAGACGUGAAAUUCGAGGAAGAGAUGUCUUGGUUCAAGAAAAAGGGCCUCCUGACCAAGAAACUUCUCCAGGGCAUCCUGGCGGCGGAUUUCCAAGGUGUCGACCUCGAUACAAUGUUUUCCCUCCUCCAGCAUUUUGACUUGUGCUACGAGGUCCAGUGCAAGGAACAGCCGACCCUUUAUUUCCCAUGGUUCCUGUUUCAAAGUCUCCCUGAUGACGUCCAGCAACUAUGGCCUAAGACUAUGGAAUCAGGCGUGCUGCAGCUUACCGUUGAGUUCCACUUCAUCACGGUUGUCCCGCCGAGCCUCUUCGAGAGGAUUCAGGUGAUUCGAAAAGUUGUUAGUCCUUGA